AUGCGGUGCGUUCUGACUGCGGCCGGCGGGCUGCUGCGGCGGGGGGCCGGGAUGCUGCUCCGCCGGCGCUCCGGCCCUCCGCUGCUGCUGCUGCUGCUGCUGCUGCUGCUGCUCGGGCUCGCUGUGUGUCUCUACCUGAUGGUGGGGGACGACCCGGUGCGACCAGGUGUGUGCUACAAGGUGCCCUCUCUCCAGAUGUUGACCUGGAGGUUCGUGUGUACUCUGGAGGCUCUGCAGAGAGACGAACAGGUGCAGCUCUCGUCUCAGAGGCCCCCCCACCGGCACCGGGCCGUGGUCCUGACGGGUCGACUCCCGCUCUCAGACACCGAGGUCCAGCUGUACCAGAGGGUCUUGCAGCAGAUGGACUACGAAGUCCACAUGUCCAGAUACGCCGAGACCAACAGCUUCCUGAGGAGUGCGCAGGGUGUUGGGGGGUGGAGCCUCCUGCUGUGUCUCAGCACAUCCGAGCAGAGCUGUCUGAGGAGGAUCUCCGUCUCUCACCUGCAGCAUCAUCAGACGGUGAAUCUGCUGCCUGCGCUGAUGGAGGCAUUUUCAGACGCGGGUGGAGGUCUGUGCCACUUCUACACACGUUCCCGUCUGACAGAAUCUGAUCUACCCAUGAACCCUCACGCCUGUGGAUCAACCAAUCAGAAGCUGCAGAUUCCUCAGGACAGUCUCCCUCAUGGCCGAGCCCCACCUCCUGCUUUGGUUGCCAUGGUGAAUGUUUACGUCCUGGUGACUUCAGUGACCCCGCUGACUUCUUUCCUGCAUGACAUCAGCGUGGUGACGACCAAUCAGCAGCCGAGGGGACGACCUGUGAAGCUCAGGGACUUCCUGCUGCAGCAGCUCGAACCGGCAGCCUCUUAUCGGGCUUUGAAGCAGGUGAAGCAGGUGAUAAGUAAAGUGCUGCAGGUGGCCGUGGUGUCAACCAAUGAGAAGCAGCGAGUUGUCAGCAGGUGUGUGUUGUGCUUCCAGCUGCUCACCUUCACUCUGCUCUUCAGCAGCUCCAUCACACCCGUGGUAGUCCAGGUGAACACCAGAUUAACCCUUUCAGCUCUGAGCGAUGAUGCGUUUGACCGACAGAUCACCAAAGACCAGAUCAUGGAGGACACGCUGCACUUCCUGCUGCCACUGCGCACACACCUGUCCUCAUACACACACCUGUCCUCGGAGUGGGAGGGAAUUCAGUACGGCGGCUGCAGAGGGACACUCGGCGUCUGUUUGUCUGAAGACGACUUUCUUCUGCUGCUGCACUUUCAGCUGCUGAUGAAGACGGCAUCAGCGUUUCAGCCACUAUAUCCCAGUGGCUCCUCCUCUUCCUCUUCUUCCUCACCUCGCUGCCUCUCCGACCUUCUGACCCGGAUCGGCAGUUUCUACGAGCUGCAGACAAACAGCAGCUGCAGGACAGAUGAACCAACCAAUCAGCAGCCAGCUCCGUCGUCCUCACAGGAUGAAGGUCUCUGUGUGGACCCCCACCUCCGACAGAUCUACACAGACCCCCCGCUCAACCUAAACCCACCCUUCAACCCCCUGGUGAAGGAAUACCAUGCUGAGGUGACCUUUGACACAAUGAUGGUUCGGAUCCGACCAGAGCCCGUCAGCUCAGCUUGCAGGAUCCACCUGGAGGAGCACCGAGGACCCAGUAUGGUAAACUACCCGAUUGGCCUCGGCAACAGCAGAAUCAGCAUCCUGGUGACGGACGAUGGCGAACCAGAGCCCAUUGUCAUGACCAUCUACACUGUCCACAUUUACCGAGAGAGUCGGCCCAGCCUGCCCAUGUUUGGAUAUCAUGUGAUGUGCAGCUUUGUGCAGGACUGUGGUCUGCUGGUUCAGCCGAGUCGCUCCUGCGGUCUUCAGCCCCACAUCAGCUUCCAGAGUCCACUUCACACCUGCAGCUCAGGACAUGUCCCAGGUCGGUGGAUUGUUCCAUGUCUCAGUUGUUCUGACAACAGGACAUGUGAUUGGAGGGAGGUUGCCUGGCAGCCAGAUGGCUGUUAUCACCCAGUAGUAGACAACCCACUGCUGCAAGACUGUAUGAGGGACAGGAAGCUGUUGUUUAUCGGUGACUCAACCAAUCGUGGGAUGAUGUAUUUCCUGAUGGAGAGGGUGAACUCCAGUCUGGAGGACUGGGGGAAAGCUCAUGACACGCUGGUCUACAGGAACCUGAAUGGAGGACAGACUCUGGUCAGCUACUCGUACUAUCCUCAGUUCUGGCUGGAAAAAAACCAAAGACCCACGUUCAGACAGGCUCUGCUGCAACUGCUCAGCAGGUCUCAGCCUCUGGUGAACUGUAACCAGACAGUUCUGGUGGUGGGAGGAGUCCAGUGGCUCAACACCAAUCACCUGAGAACGGUCAGAGAGGUGCUGGACAGAGAAUCUCUCAGCAACAUCCUGGUGGUGGUCAAAUCUUUGGGGAUGGGCUUCCAUCUUCCUGUGGAUGGGAUCAGAUCUCUCAGUCUGAAAGAGAUACAGGACCUAUACAGAGAGAAUGACAACAUCAUUGCCACUGCAAAGCAUCAUGGGUACGAAGUGAUUGACACGUUCAGCAUCACAAUGGGUCGAUACAAAGAGUUCCUGCAGGGACGCUGUGCCUGCCACUUUCACGAGGUGGAGAAGUUUUUGUCCACGAAGCCUCCAAAUGACACAACUUCCACCACCAACAUAACCAGAACCCAUAGGACUGAACCUGCACUCAGCAGCCAAUCAACCAUGCCAGACACGGAACAGGAGGUGGGGUCUAAAUCCCCAACCUAUCAUGUGAGAGGACCAGUGAACCAGGUGUACUCUGAGAUCCUUCUGAGCCGCCUCUGUGCCACAAUCAGAAACGCCUGAGAGAAGACAGGUGAGUCCUGAGGGAGAGUCACCUGUCUCCUCCAGGAUGUGGGCGUAGGGCUUGGGGGGUGGGCUGCAAUCACUGUGCAGCUCAUCCUAUGUGCUAUAAAACAGGAGCAGAAAUUCCUAAACACCAAUCAGAGGAGACGCUGAAGGUCUACAGACUCAGCUGGUUUCUGCUGGUUUUUCAGAACCAGAAAGAUCCUCCAGAGUAAUCCUCUAAUCCUCAAAUGCAUGCUAACUCUUAUAACUUUCAAACACAGACUGUUUAUAAUUGCAUUAAAAUACUCCAAAAGGCUCCAACAGUGGAACCUGUCAAUCAGAGUGGCCACACCCCUAAUAAUGCAAACAGGUGAGUUAUAGAAACAUCCUCCCUCUGUACAGCUGUUAUGAAGGGGAAUAUUAGCUACCGAGACCAAAGCAGUUUCUGUAUCAGCUGUAAACAUGUUUAUUUCUGCUGGAAAGGUUUAACAUGGGAGUCUAUGGGGACUGACUCACUGUGGUGCCUCUGCUGGAUGUCAGAGGAACUGCAGGAAGCACCUGGUUUGUCGUGCACAGCAGCUUCUUUCUAUGGAAGCUUGUUUCUGCCACUGGAAAAAAAAAAGCCAUCCAUAACUCAAAAUUUCAAGUUUUCUUGAAAUUUCGAGUUACGUAUCUCAAAUUUUCACACUAUUAACACGAAAUUUCGACUUAGCGCUGCUAAUCAGGAAGCUCCGUGAUCCAUACAUCAUUUCAUUGUUAAUCGGAAGCAGGAAGCUGAUUGAUUUCUUACCUUUUAUGCAACUGUUUUUUGAUAGAAGACAUUUUGAUCAUUGACUGUCAAAAACAUGCCAACUAUUUGUUCACGUUUGCUAGAAACUGCUAGCUCACUGAUACUGUCGCUACCCCAUUUUGAGUGGGCAUGGGCUGGUGGGAUCUGCUUCCAGGUAAAGAUUUUGAGAAAGAAACUCAAAAUUUCAAGAAAAUAACUCGAAAUUUCGAGUUACGGAUUUUUUUUUUUUAGUAGUGGAAACAAGCUUCCAUAUCUUCCUGUGUUUGCAAAAGCUGGGCGAGAUGUUUCUUGUAUGAUCGUGAUGUUCUCGAACCCAAACCCUGCUGCACGUCUGUAUGUUUCUGUUUACCUCACUCACUGAUUCUGUCUGAUCACUUUUAGCACCAAAGAAUCGAUGCAAACUGAAGCGUCUUAUAUGACUCUCUUUAUAUUUCUAUAUUUUUCUACAGAUGUUUAUUGUGCCUUUUUACAAGCUGAAAAUAGAAUAUACGAAUAUUUAUGACUGUGAUGAUUCUGCUCUUUAUAAAAGUUAUGAAACCAAAAAGACUCAAAUGGACACGUUUUUAAUCCUGAACUGUGAAAACAUUCAUAACCAAACUGUUUCCUCCUCCUCCUCCUCCACUCUCACUCAGCUUCUUAAACACAGACUCACUUAUCACAUUUAAUAAAACAUGACUUACA